AUGGGCAUUCACAGCUAUACUCAGCCAUCAACUUCAAGUAGAAGUGGUAGGGGAGACAGUGCAAGGAAUGUAAUAAAAGAAUAUGGGCUUAUGGAAGAAUGUUAUUGUGGAGCUCGGGCUAUAAUCGAUACUUGUCGUUCUCGGAUUGACCCAGGAAGGAGGUUUUUUAGUUGCCCCAACGCAGGCAAUGGAGAAUUUCAUAUUUGGAAGUGGUGGGAUGAGGCUGUCAUGGAGGAGCUAUGUCUCAUUCAUAUCAAUGCUGGUGAUGUAGCAGAGAAGAUGGACCUAUUCAUGGCUAAGGGAGAAAUUGAAGUGCUCCAGAAUGCACAGGUUGAGACUGCGCAGAAGAUAGCGAACUUGGAAAUGGAAUUGGCUGAGAUGAAGAAGAAGAAAAGUGGCAUAGCAAUAAGGUUUGAGAUGCAUAUUAUGAUUGCUGCAGCUGUUGUUUUCCUCUAA